AUGGUGCCUCGAUGCCAGGUUGAAAUAUUAUAUUUUGCAAAAAGAGCUGAAGUAACAGGAGUUCGUUCAGAGACCAUUUCUGUGCAACAAGAAAUAAAAGCAUUGCAACUGUGGAAUGAAAUAGAAACUCGGCAUCCUGGAUUGGCUGAUGUUAGAAAUCAAGUGAUAUUUGCAGUUCAUCAAGAAUAUGUACAGCUGGGAGACCAGCUCCUCCUCCUUCACCCAGGAGACGAAAUUGCCAUUAUCCCCCCCAUUAGUGGAGGGUAGUGCUUUUGAACUAUCUAGAAAAGAUAUGGACAAAGUUGAAGAGACAUCUAAAGACAUAAUAAAAUUUACUGCUGAGAAACUUUCUGUGGAUGAUGUCU